AUGCUGGCGCCGAUCAUCACCAAGGAUAUGAAGCUGUUCCCGACUCGACCAUUACCGGCCGGUAUCAAGAACGUGCGCAGCCGUGCUCAGAGUCUUGAUCAGUUCAAUCAAGUGCAAAAUAGUGGCAGUGCACGUGGUCGAAUUGUACCGGUAAAACCACGAAGUUCACAAUCUACCGGCAAUUUACCGGCUACUGCUGCUGCUGCUGCUACAUCCACUACCGUAACUGGUAUUGGUAGUGGUAGUAGUAGUGUUAGUGCUUCUUCAGCAUCGGAAUCGCCAUUCACGUCGUCACGGAGUCCCCCAAAAACGUCGAUCCACCGCAAGACCACGUUGACUGCCAUUCAAGAAGGAGUUGAAAUGGGUCACAGCCAUCAUCAUGCUCAUCGAGUUCGACAUACGGAAAGCUUAUCGGACAGCAAGCUGCCUUCAGAUGUUCCACGAAGGAACUCGAAGAAGUCGCGUAAGAAGACGUCAAGUGAUGAGAAUGUGAUGAAAAACGGUCAUUGUGAGAAUCGACGUGAAAGUAGCGGCGAUGGUGGUGGUAGCGAUGAUGUACCGGUUGGUAAAAAAGAGAAGAAAGGGGUCGUCAAAUGGCUUACGUCAGCUUUUCGAAGGUCAAAAGACAAGGAAACUUCAUCGGAUAAUUCCAGUUGCAAUUCUAGCUAG